AUGGGCAAUCAUAACACAACCAUUUUUCAAUCCAAUCACAAUGAUUCUUUCGAGAGAUCAUUCCCAAGAAUCAACAAACAAAAACGAGAGGGUACAAUUCCCUCCUCUGAACGAAAUGCGUCAGAACAAACACGAAAUGAACACACUUCAUCCAUCAAUGACAUGAUGACAGAACCAUCCAUUACUGAACAGCAAGAGGAGGACAUGGAGUUUACUACGGAUUUAUUUCGACUUGUGAAGGAACAAUCCCAAAUGGAUGAAAAUGAGAAAAAGAGUGGAUUACCAUUUGGCAUUAUUUUGAUCGGUGGUUGUGACUCUGGAAAAACAACUUUGUGGAAUCAAUGGAAAUUUCAAUCGAACACAAUGGUAACACUUUCUCAAACGGAAAGAAUGGAAUUUGGAAAUACCUUAAUGACCUAUCUCAUUACAUGUAUGAAACGAUUGAUUUAUUAUGCCAAAAACAACACAUCAUCACUGAAGGGCUCAACUUUACUUCAUGAUGCAUCAUCAACAAACUACUCACACACUACUGAAACCGCAUCACUGCAAGAUUUAUAUAUACGACAUGCUCCUGUGAUUGACAUGUUGCUCACUCAAUUAGAUCAGUGUCAGCAGCAUGCUGAAAUAAUCAACAAUAUUAGUGAACAAGAUUUCAGAAUUGAUAAUUGUUUAAAUGAUACGUUUCGACUAUUGCCAUUUGAAAGUCUCUUUGUGAAUCCACUUUCAAAAAACAAAUUACAAUCUCUAUGGACGAAUCAUGAGUUUUUAUGUCAAUUAUGUGCAUUAUUUAGAGAACCAGUUAUUUCUCAAAUCUAUUACCAUAAGAAGUAUUCAUCCAUGAAUGAUACGUCCAACAAUGAAAGCUUUGAACAGUUACAGGAGGAGAAGAAUAUCAAUUCCAGUUGUGGUAUUGUUCAUGAACUAUUAUAUGGAAAUUAUUUACACUUUUUCCUUCAACAUGAAGAAGAGUUAUUGAAAUUAUCAAAUUUCUUGAACACUUCUUCCUCCAGAAAGAGUUUAACUCUUCAUUCACAAAACAUGACUUUAUUUCAAGAGCACACUGACUCUCCACGAAAUGAAUUACCAAAUAUACGAGAAUUAGUGUUAAAAUCCAAGAAUAUCACAACAGCCAUUCAUUCUCUCAAAUUUCAAUAUUCUCAAAGAUCGAUUUGUACUCGAGUCAUUCGAGUGAUUGAAAGAAGAAAGAAACAAUUAAGAAAAGCAACAAGUGUUGUUGAUCAAGCAACACCUCUCGCUCCUCUUUCGAAACAAGAGUCAAGCACAGCAGAAGAACAACCAUCAACCACUGGCUUGCCUUCUGUCGUUUCAAUUGGAUCCAUAAAAAUUCCAAAACUUGAUCUGAGUCAAGCGAAUAACACUGCUUCACCAAUGAAUGAAUCCAAAGGUCUUACAUUGUUACUUCCAAAGAGUGCUCGAGGAGGAUCUGGUCCUACAUCGUCGACAUUGACUUCAAGAGUCAAUAGUUUUGAAAGACUUUCACAAGAAGAAGAAUCUGAAUGGAACACAACAAACAGCUGUACAACAACCUCUCGAGUGCCAACCACACGAAAAUCUUCCAAUGUUGUUGCUCAGAAAUUAAUGGAAAUGGUUCGAAAGAGAUCCAACAGUAAUAAUAGUAGUAGUAGCAAUAAUGGCGUGAGUACUUCUCCAAAAUCUCCUUCUCCAAUCAUGUCAAUGGCCCUUGGUCAUGCAUGUUCGAGUCCACGCUCUCAAUUUUCUUCCUCCAAUAUUGCACCAAUGUCUCCUACGUCACAGACGAGUUCGAUUACAAAAGUAAUCAUGCAAGAAUCAACUGCACCGUUGGACGAGAUGGAAAAAAGAAAGUUACAAAAGUUUACAAUGAUUGACACUCCAGGACUUGCUUCGCAAAGAGAUUUAGUGAUCAUGACCCUUAAUGCCUCAACGAAACCAACCUCAACUUUCCUUUUGAAAAGCGUUGUGUUUGUUUUUUCAUUGGCUGACUUUGAUUUACCUUGUUUAGAUUCGUCAGAGUUCAAAUCAAGACUCGAAGAGAGCUUGAGCUUGUUCGAAAAAACCAUGACACUAGCAAGUUUGAAAGAACGAAGGAAAAUUCUUUUAAUGACACAUGUUGACAUUUUCAUACAAAGAAUUGCCCACUUAGAAAAUGACGAAAGAGUUCAAUUGAUGAAAGCCAUUACUUUCAAUGCAGGACAACACUGUAGUGAGGAGGAGCCUGACAAUUUGAUACGACUUUGUUUUGAUUGGAUUCUCUCACAAUUUAAAAAUAUUGAGGAACGUCGAAAUGGUUCUCACAAAUAUGCUCUUGAAGUGUAUGCUAUUGAUUUAAUGAAUGAGAAACAAGUGAAAGAUUUCACUUUUGCUCUAACUAUCAAGGACGGGAUCUUGAAACAAGCACCUCAACUUCAAGUGGUUACCGUGUUCACUUGCUCAUCAUUGAGAGGAGUUGAGUGUGAAGAAAAUCGAAAGCUCCUCGUGUGCUUACGAAAUCAUUCCUUUGUCGAUGUUGAAUUUAACAUAGCGACAAAGUAA